GUGGCUUUCAACUUCACUUUGGGUUGUGAGCUUUGAUGGCGUCCUGGCUUCCAGAGGCACUUUCACGAUCCAGCCUUACUUUUGUCUCCAACAAUUCCGACACCAUGAGGCCUGCAGCACGAACCACGCGAUCCAAGGAAACCCCCAUGGAUUUCGAGUUCACCUCUCGACCGAGCAGCUUCACAAAGCCUGCGUGGGCCACAGGCGGUGAGGAUCCCGGUACACCCCGAAAACGGACUUUGGAAGAAGCCAAUCCGCCCUCUCCCGUAUUUCCACCGUCCUCUUCUGCUACCCACUUCCCGACGUUCGUCGCCAAUGCCAACGUACCUUUCCUCUUUCAAGAGCCGAUGCCUCAUACUCCACAUCCCCCUGCAUGGCAACCUCCGCCGAACUUCUCGCCUGAGAAGGCAUUUCCCCAACCGGAGCUAAAGGACGUCGACAUGGUCGAAACCACUCCUCCGAAAGUGAGACUUUCAUCCCCCGAGAGAGACCCGGACAAGAGCUUUGUAGGAGAACGAGUAGUCGCAACGGGCGCAAUGAGACGUGUCUUUAAGUCGCGCCAGAAGGCGAAACAGCGAAGUCGUUUGGGUUUAGCGGACCGGAGUGGCGAUGAAGAUCUCAGCGAGGACGACGAUGAGGAGCACGGUGGGAUUAGAGCCGCACCAUUCUCACAAACUACUUCGAAUCACUACACGCUGAACAUGCCUGGACCAGCCCAUCCUCCGUCCAGUCUCCCUUACAUCUUGCUGGGAUACCUGCAAUUCUUCUUCAACUUUUCUCUGAUCCUCGUCUUCCUCUACCUGCUGGUUCAAUUCAUUCUCACGGUGCAGCGCGACGUCGAACAACGUAUAUCGGAGUAUUCCAUGGACAUCGUGCAGGAGAUUGCGCAAUGCACACUGCAAUACAAGACUAACAAGUGUGCCUCAAACUCCAUUCCCGCAAUGACACACCAAUGUGCUGUUUGGGAAACAUGCAUGAGCCGCGACCCCUCGAAGGUCGGCCGGGCGAAGGUCGGUGCCGAGCUGAUUGCAGAAGUAGUGAAUGGCUUCGUCGAGCCGAUUACCUGGAAGACCCUGAUCUUCACGCUGAGUUCCUUGGCCUUCCUUACCGUAUUCAUCAAUGCUUUACUCUCACUAUAUCGGUCGAGAGUAGAUCCUGCGGCACAUAUCCCUAUCGCUCCCCACCACGCCACCCCCUCGUUUCCUUUGGCGCCGUACCCCCCUCCACAUCAAUACCUCUCCCCUCCGUCGGAAUGGCCAAAACGGUGGCCCAAAACAGUGGAUGAGGAUGUCCGGAUUCCGACACGUAGACGGCGGCUUGAAGGCCGAUUGUCGGAGAACGUCAAGUGAUCCGAUGCGCAAACAUCAUUCUCAUGGAGUAGCUUUCAGUUGUGUUCUCGCCGCAGUCUUUUGCCUCUGUUGGAAUUACAUUUGGCUUACUCUCGCUGAUCUCCUAUAUGACUUGUGGAUCAUUCUGAGCCAAGAACUGCUAAGCAGUGCGCAUCGGGUACUUAUAUGUCCUCGAGCGGACGCGAAUACCAC